UUCCCAUUGAAGCAUUUAUUCCACUGGGAUAGAGGAGUCGCGAGCAGCGCUGGCACCUCCAAGCCAUGGCCGCGAUCGUGCGUGUCACCGUCUUUGCGCUUCUCUUUGGGAUUAGCGAAGGGGUCACCGGCUCUCGGGUAUACCCGGUCAAUGAAGUUACCCUAUUGGAUUCCAGAUCAGUUCAGGGUGAGCUUGGGUGGAUAGCAAGCCCUUUGGAAGGAGGGUGGGAAGAGGUGAGCAUUAUGGAUGAGAAAAACACUCCAAUCCGCACUUAUCAAGUCUGCAAUGUGAUGGAGCCAAGUCAGAGCAACUGGUUACGAACUGAUUGGAUCCCUCGUGAAGGGGCUCAGAGGGUAUAUAUUGAAAUCAAGUUCACACUAAGAGACUGCAACAGCCUGCCAGGUGUCAUGGGGACUUGCAAAGAGACUUUUAACCUUUACUACUAUGAGUCGAGCAACGAUAAGGAGCGCUUUAUUCGGGAGAGCCAGUUCCUUAAAAUUGAUACGAUCGCUGCUGACGAGAGUUUCACACAGGUGGACAUUGGCGACAGGAUCAUGAAACUCAAUACUGAGAUACGUGAUGUGGGGCCCUUGAGCAAGAAGGGAUUUUAUCUGGCUUUCCAGGAUGUAGGGGCUUGUAUUGCCUUGGUGUCUGUCCGUGUCUUCUAUAAGAAAUGUCCAUUGACGGUCCGCAACCUGGCCCAGUUCCCGGACACCAUUACUGGGGCUGAUACGUCAUCUCUCGUGGAAGUUCGUGGCUCAUGUGUCAACAAUUCAGAAGAGAAGGAUGUGCCAAAAAUGUACUGUGGGGCAGAUGGUGAAUGGCUGGUGCCCAUUGGCAAUUGCCUGUGCAAUGCUGGAUAUGAAGAGCGCAGUGGAGAAUGCCAAGCCUGCAAGAUUGGAUACUACAAGGCCCUCUCAACAGAUGUUGCCUGUGCUAAAUGCCCGCCUCACAGCUUCUCCAUCUGGGAUGGCGCUACCUCUUGCACCUGCGACCAGGGUUUUUUUCGAGCAGAAAACGAUGCUGCCUCCAUGCCCUGCACUCGCCCUCCAUCUGCUCCCCAGAACCUGAUUUCCAAUGUCAAUGAAACAUCAGUCAACCUGGAAUGGAGCCCUCCUCAGAACAAAGGUGGCCGUGAAGACAUUUCCUACAAUGUGGUAUGCAAGAGAUGUGGGGCCAGCAAUCUAAAUCGCUGUCGGUCUUGUGGUAGUGGUGUACACUUCAGCCCUCAGCAGAAUGGCUUGAAAACCACCAAAGUUUCCAUUACUGAUCUUUUGGCACAUACUAAUUACACCUUUGAAAUCUGGGCUGUGAACGGAGUAUCCAAGCAAAAUCCAACUCCUGACCAGGCUGUGUCUGUCACUGUGACAACUAACCAAGCAGCUCCAUCUCAGAUUGCUUUGAUCCAAGCAAAAGAAAUAACAAGGCACAGUGUGGCACUGGCCUGGCUGGAACCUGACAGGCCCAAUGGAGUCAUCUUGGAGUAUGAAGUAAAAUAUUAUGAAAAGGAUCAGAAUGAGCGUAGCUAUCGCAUUGUGAAAACGGCAGCCAGAAACACUGAUAUCAAAGGCUUGAACCCUUUGACUUCCUAUGUCUUCCAUGUCAGAGCAAGGACAGCAGCUGGAUAUGGAGACUUCAGUGGGCCAUUUGAGUUCACAACCAACACAGUUCCGUCUCCCAUCAUUGGUGAAGGUACUAACCCCACCGUCCUUCUGGUCUCUGUGGCUGGCAGUGUUGUCCUUGUGGUCAUUCUCGUUGCCGCCUUUGUCAUCAGCAGGAGACGCAGUAAAUACAGUAAGGCCAAGCAAGAAGCGGAUGAAGAGAAACAUUUGAACCAAGGUGUUAGAACAUAUGUGGACCCAUUUACAUAUGAAGACCCUAACCAAGCAGUCCGGGAAUUUGCCAAAGAAAUUGAUGCUUCCUGUAUAAAGAUUGAAAAAGUCAUUGGUGUCGGUGAAUUUGGUGAGGUCUGCAGUGGUCGCCUCAAGGUGCCAGGCAAGAGGGAGAUCUGUGUCGCUAUCAAGACUCUGAAAGCAGGAUACACAGACAAACAAAGACGGGACUUCUUGAGUGAAGCCAGCAUCAUGGGACAGUUUGACCAUCCCAACAUCAUCCAUUUGGAAGGUGUAGUUACUAAGUGCAAACCGGUCAUGAUCAUAACUGAAUACAUGGAGAAUGGUUCUUUGGAUGCAUUUCUCAGGAAGAAUGAUGGCAGAUUUACUGUAAUUCAGUUAGUAGGGAUGCUUCGGGGUAUUGGCUCUGGAAUGAAGUACUUGUCCGACAUGAGCUACGUGCAUCGAGAUUUGGCUGCUCGAAACAUACUAGUCAACAGCAAUUUGGUGUGCAAAGUUUCAGACUUUGGCAUGUCCCGAGUUCUUGAAGAUGACCCUGAAGCUGCCUAUACUACUAGGGGUGGGAAGAUUCCCAUCAGGUGGACUGCGCCAGAAGCAAUUGCAUAUCGUAAAUUUACAUCAGCCAGUGAUGUCUGGAGUUAUGGAAUUGUCAUGUGGGAAGUGAUGUCCUAUGGAGAGAGACCUUACUGGGAUAUGUCUAACCAAGAUGUUAUCAAAGCCAUUGAAGAAGGCUAUCGGCUGCCACCCCCAAUGGACUGCCCCAUCGCUCUCCAUCAGCUGAUGCUGGACUGCUGGCAGAAGGAACGCAGCGACAGGCCUAAAUUUGGACAGAUUGUCAACAUGCUAGACAAACUCAUCCGCAACCCCAACAGCUUGAAGAGAACAGGCUCGGAGAACUCCAGGCCUAAUACUGCUUUGCUAGAUCCAAGUUCUCCUGAAUUCUCAGCCGUAGUUUCUGUUGGUGAUUGGCUCCAGGCUAUUAAGAUGGAGCGAUACAAGGAUAACUUCACAGCUGCCAGCUACACUACCCUAGAGGCUGUGGUCCAUAUGAACCAGGAUGACCUGGCGAGAAUUGGAAUUACUGCCAUUGCACACCAGAAUAAGAUUCUGAGCAGCGUUCAGGCAAUGAGGACCCAAAUGCAACAAAUGCACGGCAGAAUGGUUCCUGUUUGAGCCAGUACCGAACAAACUCAAACUCUUGAAAUUAGUUUACCUCAUUCAUGCACUUUAAUUGAAGAACUGCACUUUUUUUACUUCUUCUCCUCGCCGUUUGAAAUAAUAAUAAUAAUUAAAAGAAAGAUUUGCAGCAUUGAUUGAGAAAUAAAAAUGGCUGAAAGCGUUGCGGGGAGGGACCUGCAGAAAUGAAAUUGAUCAUUUGAAAACAGGCCUGGAACAAACUGUUUCUUGGAAUAUACUUCUGUGGAUCGACAUUAUAUAAUAUACAUGUAUCUAUAUAACAUCACAUACAAGUUCUGAUGCUGUGUUUGCUGCCAGAUGCUGUGUGUGAACAAAGGAAAGUACUAUUGUUCCCGCAACAGCCAUUGGGAUUACAAUCAUUGUGUUUGGUUUGUGGAAUAAACCAUAGUUGUUCACCUUUUACUGGAAUGAAGAAUCUUCUGUACCAGAAAAUGUUGGCAUAUUCUGGGCAUCGAUGGUACUUUGCAGAAACUUCAAGGCAGACACCCUUUGGCUAUUCAGUGCCUGUCACACAAAGAUGUACCCACCUGUAAGCUGAGACAGAGAGCAACCUUUGUGAAUUACUGGAUUUGGGGAGGUUGUGGUAUUGGCUCUUGUGAUGCCACAUGGAGGAUUAUCUCUGUCUUCAUUUUUGAAAACACCAGCCAGCCAUUCUUGACUAUGGAUCUUCCAAACAUGCAUCUUUUGCCCUUGUGAGGGGCAUUUGUUUACGAGCCUCUGAAAAGGGAAAACAGAUCCUGCUUCUUCAGAUGCAACACUUCUUGGUGUCCAUGUUAAUCUUGGAGAAUAACAAACCAGAGACAAUGCUUUCCAAAAUUCCAUUGCCCCAAUUUUCUGAGCACUGACUGUAGACAAGACAAACUGAGAAUAAGCUUCCUGAAGAGCAUAUCUCCAGUUUUCCUCAUCUUUUGGAAAUCUUUUAUCAGCAACAAGAACAAAAGAUUAUAUGGUCCUCGCACAUUUUUUUUUCAAAUACCACUUGAGGAAUACAUUAUGUACUAUAUCAAAGCUCUGUAGACUUUUCUUUCCUCACUUGGCUUCUUUUUAAAAAAUGGACAUCUUUUUCUGCAUGCCACCGUUGCACUUGUAUGAGUGCAAGUGGUGUCAUGAUCAUGGACACUUGGGUUAGGUGCUGUAGCCCAGAACUCACAUUUAUAAAAGCAUAUGACGGUCAAGUGAUUCUUUACAGAAAGUGUGCCAUUGUGGUAAUAUUUUUAAUAGAAUGGAAAAAUAACUUAUUAUCUCUUCCAGGAUGCGUGAGAGUAUGUUUGGCCUUGGUGUGCAUGUAUGUUUGUGUGCUCAUGCACAUGUGCGUGCUUGUGUAUUGUCUGUUGCGCAGGAUCACCUGUGAACAUGCUGAUAGCAUCUCAAGAUAGCUCAACAGGUUGUCACUGAACUGUUGAGUUACCAGGCCAGUAGGUGAACUAUGCAACAGACAAAAAAACACACACACUCCUGAAUGUUACAAUUCUGUAUCUAUUCAUGUAUUAUAUACCUGCCACACUAACCUUAACAUAUAGUUCUUCAGCCUACAGCCUAGAGCAGGGGCACUUUCACUUUAGUUGUGGAGUGAUCCAUAAUGAGUUCCAUAAUGGUGAUAAAGAAUUCCAUCAAUAACCAUUAGUCUCAUCGAGGCCUGUUCAUUACUGAAGCAGAAGUACCUUGAGGGAAAGUAGGUAGAGAUGACGUCUCCAUCCAUCAGCAAGUUGUUUUGAACCAAACCAUUAAAUAGCUUUCUCCCCACCUUCUGAAAGAAACAGGCUUUGAAAUACUAUUUGAAUGCAAACAGAAAUAUGCAAUCCUUAUCCAUUCACAGAAGUCAGUUUGUCAGUGUGUCACCUACGAGGACUUUGGGUCUCAUCAGUGACUGUUCAGAAAGCUAUUUUAUUUUGUUCCCCAGUUAAACAGUAUGAGAGGCUUUGAAAGUCAGAAAGAGGUGUGCAACAAUGAUCCGUGUUCCUAGCGUAGGUAAAUAACUACACAAGACUGCACUAAAAAAAUUAUAGUGGUAAUGACCUGAUCCUACCUAGGAAAGUUGACAGCAUCCAGAGAGUUCACUUCUAAUUUUCUUUAUAUUGUUCUCGGAGGCAAGCUGUAUCUUGGAAUCUGGGGAAUGGACUGCCAUUCUACAUUUUGAGCUCUGCUGCUGAUGGGCUUGACCCGCUUUCUGGUUUCAGAGGAAUCUUCUCUGCUGAGAGACCAAACAGCACAGCACAACGGGCUGAAACAAGACAGUCAAACCAACAUGCCUUAGGGGAAAAGAAUCAAGCAAAAGAAUGUGAAUACUUUGCAUUAAAAUGUUCAGCACUGAAUGAGGCCCUAAAAUAGUCUUUCAGAAUUGCAUAUGGCUUUUGCUUCUCCACCCCCUUUCCCAUUUUUAAGAUUAUCUUCAUUGAUCUGAUGAACAUGAUGUUUAAGAUCAGUAUUCCCAGGCUGGUGGAGUUGUGCUGAUGGUGGGACACAGAUGUGUCUUAGAACCAGAGGGAACUGCCUGCACGCUGGACUCAGCAUGCUCAGAUUGUAGGGUAACGAGCUUGGAUUGUUAAAAAGGCAUCUGAGAACAUCAAAUGAAUACAGGAGUCAUUUCAGUUUCAUUCUGGCUACAGAAGACACAUCAACAGGACUCUCUAACUCAGCAAACCUCUGUACAUUAGGAAAUGGUUUGCUCACAACCCCACCGGUUGAUGUUUGUCCAGGUUUCUUGCUGUAUUAACUUUGUGAUGGAUCUAUGUAUUAAAUAUAUAUAUAAUGUAUAAAAAAGCUGGUUCUUACCAGUAGAUGGGACUUCAAAGCAGUAUUUUUCUUUUACGUGACAUUUUCAUAACCAGAAAAAAAGCAUCCUGAAUACUAAUUAGACAGAUUUAAAAAGAAGAGAGUGCAUUUAUUUUUUUGUAUCACUACAAGUAUGUUGGAAUAUGCAAGGACUCUGGUUAAAAAAAAUAUUAGAAUGUAUGAGGCAUAUGAUAAUUUAGACCAUACUGGGAAAAAAAUCUUAACAGCGCAUUGUUUGGUUCACAGAUUUUAAUGAUCUCUUGAUUAGAAAUAUAGAUUUUUCUAUUUUGUUUUAAUUUGUAAUUUUCCCCUCUCCAUCAGUCUUAGGUACACAUAACUUAUGUCAUUUAUUUAUGGUCUUUUAUACCUAGUUUGUAAAAUUGUAAAAUAGCAAACUAAAUGCAAAUGUUUGCAUUUGAAAAUAAUAAAGUAGUUGCUGUACAAAUCUCAAA